CCAAAGGGCCCUAAGAGUGACUCUUAGGUUUUCUUCUUCUUCCUACUGAUUAUCCCUGUUUUCCUGUGAUUUCUACCCUUAUUCCCUACAGUUUUCUAUUGAUUUUCCGCUGCGUUUAUCCUAUUAGACCAUCUACAACCUGAUUUUCUUAACCACCAAGUUUGUCCUGCGUUAGAAGUACUAACCAAAUUUUAAGUAUAAUUUAUCUGUUCAUUUCACAACUUUUUUCUGAGUUUUGUAACUUUUAAAGUGAUUGAUUGUCUGAUAGUGUUUGCUUCUUUCCUUAAAAAUGAAGUGAAAUAAAAUUGUUUCAGGUUGCUAUUUCCUCUUUCAGUUUGUAGAAGGUUUUGUUGACAAUCUUCCUUUUCCAAACAGUUCUUGUCCUUGCUGAACUCCAAUGCUGCUUUUUACUACGAGAUCGUACGGGAUUGCUAUGAAGCAUUUGCAUUAUAUUGCUUUGAGAGAUAUCUGAUUGCCUGCCUAGGUUUGUGGAAAAAUUGUUCUCUCAUUUACUGUUUGAUUGAUUCCUAUUCUUUUUUUUUUUUUUUUUUUUUGAAAUUGGAUUGAUUCCUAUUCAUUAUUUAAGGUUUCAGUUGUUUAUGAGGCUCCUGAGAAUGUUGUACAGCUACUAAUCCUCAUAUCUUGAGCUGUAACUUUCAUGCAGUUAGAAGUUUUAGGAUUUUGUUUUAGUAAUGUUGUAGAUGUCCAAUUCUUUGUGCAGUUAUGAAGUUCUGACUAGUCAUCCAUGUGAAUUUGUGAGGUUUUCCAACUCGUUUAGAAGGAUGCACAUUUGCUUAAAUGCAGGUUUGUUUUAAAAUGAGAAUUAAGGUUUGGGAGUGUUAAUUCAUCUGGUGACAAAACUUCUUGGACAUUUUCUUUGCGUGCAUGUAGGUCAUCAAGAUUUGAUUUUUCUGUUUCCUAACCCAAGAAAUUGUGGAAAGUACAUUAAAGUAUUCACAAUACAGUAAAUGAAUAUCUGAGUAAAAAAUUGUUUGCAUAUGUGUUAUAAUAAGCUGCCGAUGACUUUCCUUCAGUAGUUUUACAAGUUUCAUCCUACAUCUCGAGCUUCCUUAGCUCUAUCAACUGGAAUAGUGAAGCUAAUUAGCAUCUCUGUCGUAUGUUUAUCGUAAGCUAUUACUACAUUGCUAUAUUUUUCUGUUUGCACAUGUAUCUCACCCUUAGCGGAAUUUAUGUGUAUAGCAAAGUUUGCUGGAAGAGAAGGGAAUUAUUGUAAGGGUGGCAUUACUUUGAAUCUUAGUCAUUAGAAAUUCAGUCCUCAUAUAAAUGUUGAUUGGAGAAUAUUGUGGAUGGUACUUUUGUCCAAUGUGAUUAUUCUUGAAUUCCUCCUUUAAAUCGCCCUAUCACGUAUAUGUUGAGCCCUUAUGAGAUCUCAUCUGUAAUGGAACUCUGAUGAUGAUUGUAUUUAUAUUUGUGUUACGCAGUCUGGUCAAGGCUACUAGGCUUACUACAUCUGUUAGCAAGUAGAGCAUGUUAUUUAAUCUAAUUGGCUUAAACUUUAGGUGGGGAGGAAAGUACCAUAGAAUUCAUGGAAAAUCAAAGGACGGCCUCUUCAAGCAUUCCUCUCCUCGAUGAAGCUUAUAUUUAUGGGCAAGUUGAGCAUCCUUUUCCUAUGAACUGUUGUCUACGGCCAUGGUACCUUGGAUCAGACUUUUAUCAAGCAGUGAAAAUUGGGGUUGUGCAAUAUAUGAUACUGAAGAUGAUAUGCGCUCUGUUUGCUAUGUUUUUUGAAUUUUUUGGCGUUUAUGGUGAGGGAAAAUUUGAAUGGACAUAUGCUUAUCCAUACUUAGCAGUUAUUUUAAACUUCAGUCAGACGUGGGCCUUGUACUGCCUGGUGCAGUUUUACUCUGUUACCAAGAACAAGUUGGCGCCAAUUAAACCUUUGGCCAAAUUUCUGACAUUCAAGUCCAUUGUUUUCUUAACAUGGUGGCAAGGUGUUGCGGUUGCUUUUCUUUUCUCACUGGGAGCCUUUAAAGGGGCUUUGGCUCAGGUCUUGCAAGCACGUAUUCAGGAUUAUAUUAUUUGCAUUGAGAUGGGUGUUGCUGCUGUGAUACAUCUAUAUGUUUUCCCAGCCGUUCCUUAUAGACGGGGAGAAAGAUGCGUCCGUAAUGUUGCUGUCAUGUCAGACUAUGCAUCUCUUGGGUCUCCGGAGGACCUCGACGAGGUCAGAGACUGUGAGAGAACUACAAAGUUGCGAAUUGGUAGGCAAGAAGAAAGAGAGAAACGGUUGAAACUUCAUCAAAGUGUCCGUGAUGUGGUUAUUGGAAGUGGCGAAAUUAUUGUGGAUGACAUGAAGUUCACAGUUUCGCACGUUGUCGAACCAGUUGAAAGAGGGAUUGCUAAAAUUAACAGAACAUUCCAUGAGAUAUCGGAGAAUGUGAAACGGCAUCAGCAGAGGCAGAAGAGUUGGAAAGACGACAGUUACCUCGUGCCGUUAAACUCGUGGAACACAGAGUUUUCGGAUGUACAUGAAGAUUUACCUGAUGGGAGUUAUAGUGAUAGUGGAUUGGCAAAGGGGAAGAGAUCACAUAACCAACAACAGAAAGGCUCAUCAUCAUCAUCAUCUUCAUCUCGGUUCAUGAAAAGAUAACACACAACCUUGUACAGAAAGAGGCCGACUAAUCUAUACGAGCAGCAAUUUUCCUGACGGAUAUAUCUAAUCUUGGUAGUUUGUAUUAUAGGGGAACUCAGAACUUCUUUCAAACUAAUUAACGAGUUGAGCAGACAAAUUUCUCUUAUUGGCUGUUCCACCAGCUCGCACCUUCAAUUCUUAAAAAGAAGUUAUGAGACUUCCUUUUUCUAAAUUCCUUCUUUUUUAUGUUAAAAACGUGAAACGUGAACUGAAUAAGUUGCGGAGUUUUACAACUAUAAUUGUAUCCAAUAUAACAACA